UCCCCUUUCUACCCCUCCACUUCUCUUCUCUCUCUGAAGUGAAGGGUCCUUUUGGUUGCCAUUGUCAAUAAACUCAACCCCAAAUUACAAGGCAAAAUAGACUCACCCAAAAACUGGGAAAACAAAGUAAACCCACAAGAUAAGUGUUUAGUAGCAUAUAUUUGUCUCUUGCUCAUUCCCCAAAAUCCUCUCCUAAUAUACAAGAUUAAUCACAAUCCCCUGCUAUCCUAUCUCUCUCUCUUGAGAGAGAGAGAGAGAGAUUAUACAUAUAGUUCAAAGUGAGUGUUUUUGGAUUUGGGCCUUGGUUUUUGGAAAAAUUGGAAGAUGUCAGGACGUGGGUGUAGCAUAGUAUGGUUCAGGAGAGAUCUGAGGGUAGAAGAUAACCCAGCACUGGCUGCAGGAGUGAGAGCAGGGGCAGUGGUUGCAGUGUUCAUAUGGGCACCUGAAGAAGAAGGCCACUACUACCCAGGUAGGGUCUCUAGGUGGUGGCUCAAGCACAGUUUGGCUUACCUUGAUUCAUCUUUGAAGAGCCUUGGUACCUCUCUUAUCACCAAGAGAUCUACUGAUACUGUCUCUACUCUCCUUGAGGUUGUCAAGUCUACUGGUGCUACUCGGCUCUUCUUCAAUCACCUAUAUGAUCCCUUUUCGCUCGAUAGGGAUCACAGGGCAAAGGAGGUUUUAACUGCUCAAGGCAUAGCCGUGCGUACCUACAAUGCGGAUUUGCUCUAUGAUCCUUGGGAAGUUCAUGAUGAUCAGGGUCUCCCUUUCACGACCUUUGCUGCUUUUUGGGAGAGAUGCCUUAGCAUGCCUUAUGAUCCUGAGGCUCCACUUCUCCCACCUAAGAGGAUUACCUCAGGUGAUGUUUUUAGAUGCCCUUCAGACACACUAGUAUUCGAGGAUGAAUCAGAGAAAGGAAGCAAUGCACUUCUUGCGCGAGCAUGGUCACCUGGGUGGAGCAAUGCCAACAAGGCAUUAACUACCUUCAUUAACGGACCACUUAUUGAGUACUCCAUGAACCGUAGAAAGGCUGAUAGUGCUACAACCUCAUUUCUCUCUCCCCAUUUACAUUUUGGGGAAGUGAGUGUCCGCAAGGUUUUUCAUCUCGUUCGCAUUAAGCAAGUUCUGUGGGCUAAUGAAGGGAACAAAGCUGGUGAAGAGAGUGUCAAUUUGUUCCUGAAGUCCAUUGGUCUAAGGGAAUAUUCAAGAUACAUGAGUUUCAACCACCCUCACAGCCACGAAAGGCCUCUUCUUGGGCACCUAAAGUUUUUUCCUUGGGUCGUGGAUGAGGGGUAUUUUAAGGCAUGGAGACAAGGUAGGACUGGCUAUCCGUUGGUGGAUGCUGGGAUGAGAGAGUUGUGGGCCACAGGUUGGUUACAUGAUCGAAUAAGAGUCGUCGUGUCUAGUUUCUUUGUGAAGGUUUUGCAGCUUCCAUGGAGAUGGGGGAUGAAGUAUUUCUGGGAUACCUUAUUAGAUGCGGAUCUCGAGAGUGAUGCUCUUGGUUGGCAGUAUAUAUCUGGUACUCUUCCUGAUGGUCGUGAGCUUGAUCGUAUUGAUAACCCACAGUUUGAGGGUUACAAAUUCGACCCAAAUGGAGAGUAUGUACGCCGGUGGCUGCCUGAACUUGCUAGACUGCCUACUGAAUGGAUACACCACCCUUGGAAUGCACCAGAAUCUGUACUCCAAGCUGCUGGAAUUGAGCUCGGCUCCAACUAUCCUCUUCCCAUUGUAGAAAUAGACGCAGCAAAAGCCCGGUUGCAAGAAGCACUUUCAGAGAUGUGGCAACAUGAAGCAGCUUCAAGAGCAGCACUUGAGAAUGGAACUGAAGAAGGGCUCGGAGAAUCCGAGGCAUUGCCCGUUGCAUUCCCUCCUGACACACAAAUGGACGUCGACGUCCAUGAACCUGCAAGGAACAACAACCCUACAAUGGCCCGACGGUAUGAGGAUCAGAUGGUCCCCAGCAUGACUUCUUCAUUGUUAAGGGUUGAAGAGGAAGAAGUUUCUCUUGAUCUCAGAAAUCGUGCAACAGACAGUAGGGCUGAAGUGCCAACGAAUGUCAAUGUAAAUCAAGAACCGAGGAGAGAAGUACUAAACCAAGGUGUUAUGCAAUUGCAAGCAGUCCGAAGCAACGCAACUCCACCACAAUUUAACAUUAGAAUAGGUCUGCAAAAUGCUGAAGAUUCCAUGGCAGAAUCUUCUAGUAAUAGUAGUAGGAGAGAAAGGGACGGAGGCGUAGUUCCCGUGUGGUCUCCCUCGACUUCUAGUUACUCGGAGCAGUUUGUGGGUGAAGAAAAUGGGAUUGGAACUAGUUCAUCUUUCUUGCAGAGGCAUCCACAGUCUCACCAACUAAUGAACUGGAGGCGGCUUUCUCAAACUGGGUAAUGUUUCUGCAUUACGACACAAGAAGCUGGGAAAUGGAGAAUUCUGGAUCAUACCGUGGAGACAUAUUUAUUGACCGUUCUUGCCCGGUCUGACCUGUCCAGCGGUUGGCCUCCACUAUAUAUGAGAUUUCAAAUCGGUGUAGGCUCGUCGUGUCUAUCCUCUUUUGUCUGUAUCCUGUUGUACCAUAUUUGUAGCUCUGCUGUAUAGUGAAUGUUCUCAUAAGGGGACAGAAUAGAGAUUAGAGAUCUGUGAUCCUCCAAUAAACUCAAGUUUGUGCUUUUUCAUUUUUAUGAAGUAAACAAUAAGCAAUCAUGUUCAUAUAACCACUUUUUUUCUUACCUUUUUACAUAAUCCAUGGAGGCAUAGGUUUAAA